AAACCAUCUCAUUUCUUCUAAGCUUCCAGCUCCAGGAGGAAGUGGUCAAUAUGAUCAUGGUAAAAAGCAAGCAUUUGCUGCUUCAGAUCCUUAUUUUAUCAGCUCUAUUGUGUAUCAUAACAUCAGACCCUGAACCCCUUCAAGACUUCUGUGUCGCUGACAUGGCGAACCCUCAUUCAAUGUUCCUCAAUGGUGCACCCUGUGUUAACCCAUCACUAGCAGUUUCAUCUCACUUCAUGACAUCAAGUCUAUCCAAGCCAGGCAACACAAAUGGAAACCAAUUUGGUUUCAAUGUCACCCUCACCAGUAUCAGAAACCUACCAGGCAUCAACACACAAGGUCUCACAAUGGCACGAGUAGACAUUGCAGUUAAUGGGUUUGUCCCUCCACACACUCACCCUCGAGCUUCUGAGGUGACCAUUCUCCUUAAGGGUAACCUUCUAGUAGGCUUCAUUGAUACCUCUAACAAGCUCUACACACAGCAGUUAAGAGCAGGAGACUCUUUUGUGUUCCCAAAGGGUCUUAUCCAUUUUCUCUAUAAUAUUGAUAUGUUCUCACCGGCGGUAGCCAUUUCCGGCCUUAACAGUCAGAACCCAGUAGUUACUCUAAUGACUCUGCUGAGGCUAUGGGCAUCAAUUGUUGCAUUUGAUAAGAUUUUUGUGGUUGUCUUAUGGAUUAUGGAUAUGCAGUGAGUGCACAAGAAACAGAGGCAACAAAGGAUCACAAGAAGCCAGUCAUUAAGGUUCCGAAACCAUCACCAUUUGGAGUGAGAGUCAAAGUCAAGUUUGUUGAAGGUAUCAGAUCAAAGAAUGGGAGAGUGACCAUGGGAACUUUUUUUUACUUUUCUUUUGAAUCUUACAAACGUAAUGAAAGAUUUCAAUUUGAUUAAUGUUGUUAAUCAAAGAGUUCACAUUGAUUAAUGUUGUGAA